AUGGGGUCCGUGCGCACUUCAUGCCUGGUAUCGUACCACUACGUUUCCUUCUUUACUAACACAACCACACAGAUACAGUGGUCCAUCUUCAUGAAAAAUAUUGGCAAUGACAACCGUGUAUCACCGGUGGAAGUCUUGUAUGCUGCCCUACCGACAUUCCUCUAUUUCAACAGUUCUUUUGUUUGGCCACUCCUCCGACCGCUUCUCGACUCACAAGUGGCCCUUGAGCAUACCCUAUCUUAUGCAGUGCGGGACGUCGAGACCAGAAACAUAUUAAUUAUGCUCUCGGUCUACUUGAGCUGGUUGCAAGCACAUGGUGAGGAAGAAGGGUCACUUGUUCCUUCCUGGAUAUAUCAUAAUUCCGAUCUCAUUAUGUAUUGGGCAUACUACUUGAACGAUGAAAGCGUCACAUUCACAAACCAAAUGUCUGCAGACUUGCAAACCGAGGCUAACAUGACGAAUCUUGCCCUAAAAGGCAUUGUUGCUUUCGGGGCCGCAUCAAAUAUUCUCUCGCAGGUUACGGACUACGUUAUCCCUCUGAAUGCGGUGACGGAGAUGGCCUCCCAAUGGGACUCCCUCGUAACAUCAGACAAUCAGUCGUGGAUCCCAUUCUGUUAUGGCUGUCUACCAUCUUGGGCUUUAAUGUACAAUUUAUAUGCCGACGUUCUUCUUGGAACUGAACUAAUCAACUCUAUGACCGCCUUUUACGCAAACCUACUCCUAAACAACACAGAAACAUGGCUGGCAUUUACUGCUGCGACUGCAACCAAUUCGACUGUACGAGAUGCGCUGAUAUCCAGAAUAUGGGAGCAUGCUUCCUAUAAUCAGACGCAGUGCAUAUUCCCGACACUGUACGAGGUCAACCGCAUAGGUAUCACGUGUAACGGAUCAGCAAACACGCUUGGAAUUUCCAUGCCAGACUAUGGGGCCGUAUCCCAACAUAGUGAGGAUCCCACUCGAAGUUCGAGUCACGUAUCUGCAAUCGUCGGCGGUGUUCUGGGAGGUAUCAUCGGUACCGUAAGCCUCAUUCUGGCCAUGCGCUGGAGUAGAAGAACGUUCCACUGGCGCAAUGGCCGACUACAUCGAAACGUCGCUCGCGGCACGAUUGAAGCCGUGCCAUACACAUAUGCACGAGGUAAUGACCUUCCAGCUCUCUCCGGCGUCAUCACAGAGAAGAAGCAACGCGAAAUUCUUCAAGAACGCGCAGAUCACGAGGCCAGGACAGCAGCUUCGGGUAUUCCCAAUGACGCAGUUCCCGCAGGUGUUUCUAACCAAUCCGAUCGAGAUCUAGUAGAAGACGUUGAGGGCUUGCGCGGAGAGUUGGCGGAGCUUCGCAGAUUGGUUCAUGCGACCACUCCAGGAGCUUUAGAGGCACCUCCCAAUCUUCCCAGCAGUGUUAGAUACAUAGCCCACCGAUUCCUCGUCGGGGGUUUGACACAGGGUACCUGGGUACACCCUGCGCAAGGGCGACACGGCCGCAGCGAUCCUACGAAGACGGUCCGUCCUCACCGAAAUGUUCCAGAAAUAUUCCGACUCUCAGCUGCUCCGCCGGAGGACAUCUCGAACGCGUUCGUCAACGCGAACGCUCACAUUGGGGGCAUCGAUGUCGUGUUUGAUAAUACGGAGAUAGUGGCGCUCGGAGAGUUGCAAGGGACGCCUGGCGACCUUGCCCAAACGCUAUUUGUGCUCGAGCUUCUAGGGCGGCCACAGGGAGUUGGUCAGGUUCUUCUAGGGAGAGCAGGUCUGGAGGAGAUGUCCUGCUCCAGCACUCGUCACUACUGA